UCGGGAAUUACCGGUUUUGGAAAAAUCCCGGGAAUUUUGUCCCGGGAAUUCCCGGGAUGGACGCACUAAAAACCUCAAUACCCAGACCUCAAUGAUAAAGAAGUUUUCCUAAUCUCUUGUACUCUAUACAAUAAUACGAUUCAUUAAACCACUGAGCACAAACCAAGAGAAAUCUUCUUUGGAUUAAAGGAUGGUCAGGAAAGACCAUUGAAUAUUGACCAAAUGGUAGAAGAAAAAUCAAAUUUUACCAGGAAAUAUCUGAAGUUAAUAAAAAAACACAAACUAAAGAUUUGAAUUACCAUAACAAAAAAAGAGAACAACCUCCCCAAAUCCAAGAAGAUUCCGAAGCAUUUAAAAGAGUACAAGGCAUUAAGCGUAAAACGAAAGAAAUGUAUUUACCCGUUAGAAUCAUCCAAAAUAAUGACAACAUAGCAACUGAUGAUUCUGGCAGGGAAAUACAUAAAGAAAACAUUAAAAGAAUAUAAAAUAACAUAUUUUUUUUACCUUUAGGAUGCACCUGAUCAUAAUGAUGACACUUCUCAAUUUCUCAUUUGGAAAAUUAAUCCAAAUCCACAACGUUAACCCAGAAAACUCACCCAUGCAAAUAAAACUUGGUCAGGGAAGAUUAGUAACAGGAUACACAAGAAUCUUGCAUACUAUAGACUUGGAUAAGAUAAGCCAAGCAAUAUCAACAUUAGAAGAAUUAGUUCAAAAAUUCAAUAAUUCAGGAGAUUUUUCAAAAAUAAUUGAUUUCAAAAUUCAGAAGUUAACUAACGAAUACAAAACAAUUUUACCAAAACACUCAAAAAAAAAAAAAAGCCAUUGAAAUAUUAGAAAGUACUAUCAAAUUAAUAACAGGUAACCUUGACGCUAGAGAUUUAGUCACAAUUAACAAAAAUAUUCAAGCAAUCAAAGAAAACAAUUAUAAUCUGAUAAAAGAAAAUAACAAUCAAAUUAUUGUAAAUCAAUCAUUCCAAAAACAUUUAACUGGGUUAACUGAAGAAAUUAAAAAUUAUAAAAACACAAUUUUCAAACUCACCUCUCAAAAGAAUUUUGUUAUUACUGAAAACUCAAAAAUUGCCCUUAUAUUCAAGAUAGAAACUUUGCAAAACCUGAUGCAUAGCUUAAGUAAUCAGUACCAAUCAAAUAUUGUGCACCAUAAUUUACUAACCAUUAGAGAACUAAGAAUAAUGUUCGAGGAGCUGGAAUCAACUGGACUAACACCACUAAGCUUGAAUGAUAUCUAUAACUUCAUAAGCGUCACAAGCUUUUAUCACGGGAAUCACCUUAUAUUCAGCUUCGAUGUUCCAAGAGUGUCGGAAACAAUUUACGAGAAAAUGAGAAUUGAACCCCUUCCCACAAACGGCAAAAUGAUUGACUUAGGAAGACAUUCAACCUUCCUUGUUAGUAAAACUGAAGUCUUAUCAGUUCUACAAAAUGAAAAAUCGAGCAUUUUUCGAAGAAAUGAACUUUUGAACAUUACUGAUGCAUGCAUCGUUCCAUUAUUUCAAGUUUUAAAAGGAAAAUGUCCUUUUAAAGAAAUAACACUGCAAACUCAAGUUCAGCUGUUGACAUUUGGAACUAUAAUUGUCAAAUCAGCGUUGAACACAACAUUAAGUAGUACAUGUGGAAUCAACGAAAAGCAGCUUUAUGAGAACAACAUGAUAAUUUUCCAUAACUGCUCAGUAAUAAUUCAGAACCAAUUGUUCAAAAACUUAGAGCUUCAGUUCAACCAUCCAAACAUCCUACCUAUCAAAUCAACGCAGAUAGUAGAGAGUCACUUAGAAAAGCAAUUCAAUCUAUCCGUCUUGCAUGAAGCCCAGAAAGUCAAUCGUCAUCAUCUGAAAUCUUUAAGGACUUAUCAACAUUCAUCAUUAGGGGGUAUCCUAGUUAUCAUUCUCAUAAUCAUCGCGGCCCUUGCAUACAUCCAAUGGAACGCGAUAACAGCUUUCUUCAAGAAACGCACGGGACGUGCUUUGACUAGAGGGGGAGGAGUUAACAACGAGCUUGCCCUGAGAACUUCAACCGAAGUUCCCACGACCUUCCCUACGACGUCACCACCACGGAUCAUCUUAACACCAACAACAACAACGAAUCAGCUGACACAGCAUCACACAGCAUCACACCGAUGCUGUGCCCCAUCUUUCCCACAAGGCAGUAUUGAAGAACGUGACUGCAAGGUAAACACAGACACAGCUUGUAUUAUUAAUUUAUAAUAUAGAUUCAUUCUUGUUCAAACCUAA